UGCCAAAUACCCGACUUUGAUAAGUGGCCAUCCCAACUCAUUUUUUCUUCCUUUUUCCUCAAAAAUCAAAAUAAACACAACCGUAACUGCGAAUUUGCGCAAAAGAACCCAUUAACAAUGGAUCCCUUCUCCUCGGCGGCGAUUGCCCGUCAAACUUGGGAACUGGAAAACAAUAUAGUCACCACCACUGCCGCCAACGACAACUCCGCCGCGUCGGACGCAAUAUUCUACUACGACGGGGCGGCGCAGGAUGCUUUCCAGCAAGAAAAGCCGUGGGCCAACGAUCCACACUAUUUCAAACGCGUUAAAGUCUCUGCACUCGCCCUCCUCAAGAUGGUUGUCCAUGCCCGCUCCGGCGGCAACAUUGAGGUCAUGGGACUCAUGCAAGGAAAGACCGAUGGUGAUACUAUAAUUGUUAUGGACGCUUUUGCCCUCCCCGUUGAGGGAACUGAAACUAGGGUAAAUGCCCAAGCUGAUGCCUAUGAGUACAUGGUCGAUUAUUCCCAGACUAACAGACAGGCGGGUCGACUUGAGAAUGUUGUCGGGUGGUACCAUUCCCAUCCUGGUUAUGGAUGUUGGCUUUCUGGCAUUGAUGUUUCCACACAAAUGCUUAACCAGCAAUAUCAGGAGCCCUUCCUAGCAGUUGUUAUUGAUCCAACAAGGACUGUUUCAGCUGGCAAAGUUGAGAUUGGUGCUUUCAGGACAUACCCAGAUGGAUACAAACCUCCAGAUGAGCCUGUCUCUGAGUAUCAGACAAUUCCCUUGAACAAAAUUGAGGACUUUGGUGUGCAUUGUAAGCAGUAUUAUGCAUUGGAUAUUACAUAUUUCAAGUCAUCUCUUGAUUGUGAACUCCUGGAUCUUCUGUGGAAUAAAUAUUGGGUGAACACCCUUUCUUCUUCUCCUUUGCUUGGUAAUGGAGACUAUGUUGCUGGUCAAAUCUCAGAUUUAGCUGAAAAACUGGAGCAUGCUGAAAAUCAAUUGUCUCAUUCGCGCUUUGGACCCUUGAUAGCUCCUGCUCAAAAGAAGAAAGAGGAAGAAUCUCAACUCGCCAAGAUUACUCGUGAUAGUGCAAAGAUAACUGUUGAGCAGGUUCAUGGUUUGAUGUCACAGGUUAUAAAGGAUAUACUUUUCAACACAGUUCGUCAGUCCAAUAGAUCUCGGGAAGAGUCAUCUGGUCCUGAACCAAUGGUUGAAACCUAAUCUGAUGGUUGACAAAUUGUGCCUUCUGGACUUUAUCUUGGAUUUUCUUGGAAGUUCUUGCAUUUGCAAAUGCUACUAGCUGUACAACGACUAGACUUUGUCAAAAUAUGGCUUCAGAAAAUGAGAGUUUAUGCUUAUGUUCCAUCUUUUGUACUUCGAGAUUACUGUCAAGUAAUUUGAUCGUUAUCUUCUAUGGUUGUGACUCUCCAACAUAUGUAUUCUUGCCGAGCUAGGGGCUCUUUCUACUUGGGUUAUUGGCGUAGGUACAUUGAGCUAUUAACUUGUACUCAAAUCGAUCUUACACUUGAUCAACUCGAGCUUACUUACUAGAUGUCAUUUGAUCACUACACUUUUAGCUCGACUGCAUGUGACCAAGUCGAAUAA